AUGACCGAUCAAAAUGAGAUUGUCAACGAGAUCUUAGAUGAGGUAACUACGGCAGAAAGUGAAGGCGAUCGGGUUGGUGAAGGUUCCGCGCGAUCAGGACAGGCAUCGAACACAUCGGUAGAGGUCGAUCUGGAAUUUCAGAAUGAGUUAAGAAAAGUGAUUCUUGGUAUCCAGAAUGACCUCAACAUUGGUUCCGAAGAGAAAGCUCAGAAAAUUCAAGAUUUAAUGACAAGCAAUUGGAGGAGAAGGGAAGAGGAAUCUAGGAAGAGCAGCAUCAGGUCAUCCUCUGAUCACAACGGAGAGCCAUCGGAUGAGGAACUGAAGCCAACCUAUGUGAGCGAACAAUCGCAAACUUUGGGAUGCCAGCAUUACCCUCGAGGGGCAAAGCUACGAGCCGAAUGUUGCAAAAGGUGGUUCACAUGCCGAUUUUGUCAUGACGAGGAGUGUGAUCACAAGAUUGACAGGCAUGAAACACGUCACCCAAAACAUGAUGUGCAUGUAUUGCCAAACAGUUCAACCAACUAA